CAGAUCCGACGUUGUCAACACAGAGGGGAUCGACCAGCAACUUCGUUUCUUAAUUCUCUUUCAAAUGACACCUGAUCUACGCACGCACAAAUCUGCUACUCCUCACCUUCACAUCUAAAGGACCGAUCCGAACAAUUAUCAAAUUUAGGGCUCCGAAUUCUCAGAUCUAAGCGGAGCGAAGAUGUUGACGAAGUUUGAAACCAAAAGCAAUAGAGUGAAAGGCCUAAGUUUCCACAGCAAGAGACCAUGGAUCUUGGCUAGUCUUCACAGCGGUGUGAUCCAACUAUGGGAUUACAGAAUGGGAACUCUCAUCGAUCGAUUUGACGAGCAUGAUGGCCCCGUUCGUGGCGUUCAUUUUCACAAAUCACAACCUCUUUUCGUCUCCGGAGGAGAUGAUUACAAGAUCAAAGUAUGGAACUACAAACUCCAUAGAUGUUUGUUCACACUUCUUGGGCAUCUUGAUUACAUUCGGACAGUUCAAUUCCACCAUGAGUACCCAUGGAUUGUUAGUGCAAGUGAUGAUCAAACAAUCAGGAUAUGGAAUUGGCAGUCUCGUACUUGUAUCUCUGUUUUGACAGGACACAAUCACUAUGUAAUGUGUGCUUUAUUCCAUCCAAAAGAAGACCUUGUUGUAUCAGCAUCAUUAGAUCAAACUGUUAGGGUUUGGGACAUUGGUGCUCUGAGGAAGAAAACAGUUUCUCCUGCUGAUGACAUUCUUCGUUUAGGUCAAAUGAAUACAGAUUUCUUCGGUGGGGUUGAUGCUGUUGUAAAAUAUGUCUUAGAGGGUCAUGAUAGAGGAGUGAAUUGGGCUUCUUUUCAUCCCACUCUCCCUCUUAUUGUCUCAGGAGCUGAUGAUCGCCAAGUCAAGAUCUGGCGAAUGAAUGACACAAAGGCUUGGGAAGUAGACACAUUAAGAGGUCACAUGAACAACGUGUCAUGUGUUCUUUUUCACUCAAAACAAGACAUCAUCGUAUCGAAUUCAGAGGAUAAAAGCAUACGAGUAUGGGAUGCUACAAAAAGAACAGGCCUUCAAACUUUUCGCAGGGAGCAUGAUAGAUUCUGGAUUCUUGGGUGUCACCCUGAAAUGAAUCUUCUUGCAGCAGGACACGAUAGUGGCAUGAUAGUUUUCAAAUUAGAAAGAGAACGCCCUGCUUUCUCUGUUAGUAGUGAUUCUCUUUUCUACAUCAAAGAUCGUUUUCUUCGUUUCUAUGAGUACUCAACUCAAAAAGAAACUCAAAUCCUUCCAAUCCGAAGGCCAGGAUCAGUCAGUUUAAACCAGGGCCCACGAACCCUUUCUUACAGCCCUACAGAAAACGCAGUCUUAAUCUGUUCAGAAGCAGAAGGCGGAUCAUACGAACUCUACAUUGUCCCUAAAGAUAGCUUCUCAAGAGGCGACACAGUUCAAGAAGCAAAAAGAGGACUUGGUGGCUCUGCAAUCUUCAUAGCUCGCAAUCGAUUUGCAGUUCUUGAAAAGAGCACCAAUCAAGUGUUGGUGAAAAACUUAAAAAAUGAAAUUGUGAAAAAGAGUGCUCUUCCAGUUGCUUCUGAUGCUAUCUUCUACGCGGGUAAAGGUAAUUUACUAUGUCGAGCGGAGGACAGAGUCGUCAUUUUCGACCUUCAACAACGUUUAAUCCUCGGGGAUCUUCAAACUUCUUUUGUAAGGUACGUUGUUUGGUCAAAUGACAUGGAGAAUGUUGCGUUGUUGAGUAAGCAUUCGAUAAUCAUAGCUGAUAAAAAACUCACUCAUCGAUGCACUCUUCAUGAAACAAUCCGUGUCAAAAGUGGUUCAUGGGAUGAUAAUGGUGUGUUCAUAUACACAACAUUAACACACAUCAAAUACUGUUUACCCAAUGGCGAUAGUGGAAUUAUAAAGACACUCGAUGUCCCUUUAUACAUCACAAAAAUAUUCGGAAACACAAUCUUUUGUCUCGAUCGAGAUGGAAAAAAUCGGCCAAUUGUUAUCGAUUCAACCGAAUAUAUCUUCAAGUUGUCUUUGUUGAAAAAGAGAUAUGAUCAUGUCAUGAGCAUGAUAAGAAACUCAGAGCUAUGCGGACAAGCUAUGAUCGCGUAUCUUCAACAAAAAGGUUUUCCCGAAGUUGCCCUUCAUUUUGUAAAAGACGAAAGAACCCGUUUCAAUUUAGCAUUAGAAAGUGGGAACAUACAAAUAGCUGUUGCUUCCGCUAAAGAGAUAGAUGAAAAAGAUCAUUGGUAUAGGCUAGGUGUUGAAGCACUUCGCCAGGGUAAUUCUGGAAUUGUGGAAUACGCGUAUCAGAGGACGAAAAACUUCGAGAGGCUUUCGUUUUUGUAUCUCAUCACAGGAAAUUUAGAUAAAUUAUCUAAAAUGAUGAAAAUUGCGGAAGUGAAAAACGAUGUCAUGGGUCAGUUUCAUAACGCGUUGUAUUUAGGCGAUGUGAAGGAACGAAUCAAGAUUUUGGAAAAUGUUGGGCAUUUGCCAUUGGCGUAUGCUACUGCUAAAACCCAUGGGUUGACUGAUCUUGCUGAAGAGCUUUCUGUUAAACUUGAACACAAUGUUCCAAUUUUACCCUCGGGGAAAUCCGGUUCCCUUUUGGUCCCACCAACUCCUGUCCUAUGUGGCGGUGACUGGCCGUUGUUGAGAGUCAUGAAAGGAAUCUUUGAAGGUGGUCUUGAUAAUGUUGCACAGGAAGAGUACGAAGACGCUGCGGAUGCCGAUUGGGGUGAAGGUUUGAAUAUUGCUGACGUGGACGACACCCAGAAUGGUGACAUCAGCGUCGUUGUGGAAGAAGGCGAAGAACAAAACGAAGAUAACGAAGAGGGUGGUUGGGGUCUAGAAGAUAUCGAACUUCCGGUAGACACUGACACACCUAAAACCGCCACCAUCCGCUCAACCGCAUUCGUGGCACCGCCACCUGGCAUGCCCGUGAGCCAAAUCUGGGUUCAAAAAUCAUCGCUGGCCGCCGAACACGUGGCAGCCGGGAACUUCGACACCGCCAUGCGGUUAUUAACCCGCCAGCUUGGCAUCAAAAACUUCACACCGUUAAAAUCUCUAUUCAUGGAUCUCCACACGGGAAGCCAUAGUUUCCUACGCGCGUUCUCAUCAGCUCCUGUCGUCUCACUCGCCAUCGAAAGAAACUGGAGCGAGUCAACAAUCCCAAACGUCCGGGCCCCACCCGCACUCGUGUUUACCUUCUCUCAAUUAGAAGAAAAGCUAAAAUCCGGUUACAAAGCCACAACUACCGGGAAAUUCACCGAAGCAUUACGCGUUUUCCUCAACAUUCUCCAUACGAUUCCUUUGAUUGUUGUGGAGUCACGUAGAGAAGUUGAUGAAGUCAAAGAGUUGAUUAUAAUCGUGAAGGAAUACGUUUUGGGUUUACAAAUGGAGUUAAAAAGAAGGGAAACGAAAGACAACCCUAUUCGCCAACAAGAAUUAGCAGCUUAUUUCACUCAUUGUAACCUUCAGUUACCUCACUUGAGGCUCGCGUUGAUGAACGCGAUGACUGUGUGUUACAAAGCGGGGAAUCUGAUCACCGCGUCGAAUUUUGCGAGGCGAAUAUUGGAGACAAACCCGGCGGAAAACCAAGCGAAAACAGCGCGUUCGGUUAUGCAAGCUGCUGAGAGGAAUAUGAAGGAUUCGUCGGAGUUGAAUUAUGAUUUUAGGAAUCCGUUUGUUGUUUGUGGGGCCACUUAUGUUCCGAUUUAUCGUGGGCAGAAGGAUGCGUUGUGUCCGUAUUGUAGUUCGCAUUUUGUUGUUUCACAGGAAGGAAAGAUUUGUAGUGUUUGUGAUCUUGCGGUGGUGGGAUCUGAUGCUUCGGGUUUACUGUGUUCUCCUGCGCAGAUCAGAUGAUUUGUAACUUCUUCCAUGUAUUCAGUUGGAGGUAGUGUGUAAAAUGAGUUGGGGGUUCUUUGUAGAGCUGUUGCUGUUGCUGCUGGUGUUUUAUGAUAUAUGUAGGUUUUCAAUACUUGUCUAGUAAAAGCCGAUACUAGAUCUUAUUGUUUUUUUCGAGGUUUUCUUUCUGUUGCUAAAAGAGCUUGGAUGCUAUUUUACUAUUUUUUUUUGAGAGAUUGAUUAUACACACUGUUUUGGUUGUU